UAAAAAUUAUUUUUAAAAAAAAUAUCAGAUUCGGGGAAAUUCGGGUUACUCCGUUCGUCUUCGUGUAUUCGUAACUGUUGGUCCCCAUGCGUAAAAGCCGUGAGACUGUGGAGUUAAACAUUAUGAAUUAGGUUAAGUUGAAAAAUGUAAAUUUAAAUUGAAUUGAAAAAUACCACAAACAAAAUGUCAUUAAUUAUUAAAAAUCUUACGACUAAAUUUCAACGAUAUUCAUGUCAGAUAUCGAAACUCUGUACUGUAGUUGAAAGCCAAGUCCAAAGUGAAACGACAAAUAAUAAUACCUUGAUACCAACAAAUGAUCCUCCAAUAAUAUCAAAUGUAAAAUAUUAUGAUGAAGAAUCUUUGUAUAUUAAAAAAAGGCAAGUUUGGAUAGAUAACAUAGAUACCAUUCAAACAAAAAAACUAGGAAUAAUGACCUUACAUCCAGAAAUAUUUGCGGCAAGACCUAGAGUUGAUCUUUUAUGGAGUAAUGUUAGAUGGCAACGAAUGUAUAAAUUUGUUAACUAUGCCCAUGUAAAAAAUAGGGCUGAAUUAAAAGGAGGUGGAAGAAAACCAUGGCCACAAAAAGGAUUAGGUCGUGCUCGCCAUGGAAGUAUUAAUUCUCCUUUAUUCAAAUAUGGUGGUAAGGCUCAUGGUCCAAGAUCUCCAGCAACUCAUUUCUACAUGCCUCCAUUCUAUGAUCGAGUAUUGGGCUUGACUUCAGCAUUAUCUGUAAAAUUAGCACAAGAUGAUCUUUAUAUUGUCAAAGAUCUGGAAAUUCCCACUAAUAAUCCAGAAUAUAUUGAGUCCUUGUUAGAAGAAAGAUAUUGGGGACCAAGUGUUUUGUUUGUGGAUACUGAAGACAUAAUGCCAGAAAAUAUUACAAUUGCAACUGACACAAUCUUUCACAUAAAUUUGAUGCCAGUUUAUGGAUUAAAUGUUUACAGCAUGCUGAAGCACAAUACACUUGUUUUAACACAACGUGCAGCUCGUCAGAUUGAAGACAAGCUUUUACAUCAUUUGCAUAGACCUGAUAAUAAACAGUUAAUAUCUAAAUUUACUUUGAGUAAAAAAUAAAUUAAUGAAAUAAACUA